AUGUAUUUCGGGCGCCCCCUUGCACACUUCUGCGGAGAGGCAUCCAUCAUACUCAUAUCAGUUCGUUCGGCGAGCGUUGAAGACGCCCCGAAAGACAAUCAGCCUGCCAAGAAAAGAAACAUAAAACAAUUAGUUGUUAAAAGGGUUUUCUCAAGCGAAUGUGACAAUGAGAGGAAUUUGUUGGACGAGGUUCCGUUGGAGUAUCGGAGACAUGGGAAGGGUUCGGGCGUCAUCCUUGCACGGUCGCUGGACGUUCAAGCCGAGCGGAUGGAAGAGGUGCUUGGCGGAUUCCUUGAAGUACACUACCUAUGGGCUGAUAGAGCUGCAGGUGUUCCAGCUGCUCCUGUCGACCUGAUUCCUGUUUCUGACUCGCCAGAGGCCUGACUAGGUUAAGCGUCGACUCCUUGGAAGGUCGUGGGAGAUCAGUCGGCAGCAGCCGAAAGGGAGUCAACUGACUCUGUGGUUCUUUUGUUGUGGUUUAAGAAUUAGGGCAUUGUAUAAAUAAAUAUAAAAUAUAUACAAAUACAUAAUAAUUC